AUGCAGAGCCUGGUAUUACCUGGUCCGACCUCACUCCUCUCUACGCCAUUCGGGCGGCAUUCAGAACCUGAAGACGGCCUUGCCAAGUUCCGGUCAAAGUUCAGUCCUAACAGGCUUGAGCACCAGGGCUACCCGUCUCCGCCCAUGUCCGAAUCUCAUUCCCCUUCUCGACGACCAGCACAGUCUGUUGAAUCUGCACGCCUCUCUUACCCUCCGCUGGCAGGCACAUCCCAAAGACAGGAUAGUUUGACUCAACCGCCGAUUCUACCAUCAGUAUACGAUCCGCGGUCUACGUCGGCUGCGCAUGCUCUUCCUCUGCAGCGAGCACCUUACCCUGGGGAACCCCAGCACAGGGGCCAAGGGCUUCACUACCCGCCUGGACGUCCUCUCGAGCACCAACCUUACUCCCAUGCCAUUCCUCACAACUACGGCUAUGGCUACCAAAAUCCUGGCCUGCCCCCUUACGCUGGAGUUCAACACCCAGGACCUAUGGUGCAGCAAGGCGCAAUGAUCGCACCUCCACCGGCAAGGCCCACUAAGCCAGCGCGAAGAACUAAAGCACAUGUGGCGUCGGCUUGUGUUAAUUGCAAGAAGGCGCAUCUCAGCUGCGACAUUCAACGCCCUUGCGGUCGUUGUGUCGCUUCUGGAAAGCAGGACACCUGCAAAGACGUGCAACAUAAAAAGAGAGGAAGGCCACGGUUAAGAGACGAUAGGGAGUUUACUCGGCCAGAAGACGGAAGGCCACCACCUACCCAGCUUGUGGGAGCGCCACCUACCUCCGAACCUCACGCACAUCAGCCGACGUACCCCUUGUCUCAGCCAUAUCGAACCUUCGAACCUCAACGAGUUUUGGAGAGUACUACCCAUCAAAAAGAGCCUCAUUCAGCUGCAUCUGCACCCAGAGAUACAGCCGGCGAGUACAGUGGAGUACAAGCGCCUCCCUUUGGCGCGGGACCGAACAUGGCGUACCAAAAGCUUCCUGUCGUUUACCUAAAUUUGGAUCUGGUGAUACAAAAAGCAAACCAAGCUUUUGCAGACCUUGUGUCGUUCCUCGGAGACAUCAGGGGUAAACAUCUUGGCGAUCUUCUAGAAGCUCAGCAAAACGAAAGCAUGCAGCGUCUGCGAAACGAGCUGCGCGAUGAGCGUGAUGAACGUGAGCCGACGUACAUGGCGCCAAUUACUCCGAUUGGACAAGAUCCUAUGCGCGCCGUGAUGGACACUGUCGCAGAUCACGACAUAGAUCAUUUCACCCAGGGCUAUACGAACAGGUCCAUGUUCCUUAGCUUCCGCCUCCCGAGUAGUGGACAGUAUCAGUCUCUGCAGGUCCAGAUUCGGCUUGCUAGAACGUCUCUUUACUUCGUGACUCUAGUCGUUUGCUCACCGCCGAGGCACACGGGUCCGACUCUUCUAACGCAGCAAUUAGCUACUCCAACCGCAAGGCAUACUCCACAGACGAUGUCUGUGCCGUCAAUGGCUCCCGUCACGCAGUACACGCCACAUCAAGAUCGACGAACAUCGACGAACAGUUCUGCACCGAACUCCCCCUUUUUCAACUUCUCGUCAAUCCGAACAUCUCUUCCUACGUUUAGUCCUAGCUCCUACAAGAGCAGUCCAUCACAUGGCUACUCCCCAACUGGAGGCCCGGAAUCCGGGUACUUUCCCACAUAUCAGGGACCUCCACAACCCACAACAAGCGCAUAUCCUUCGCCAUACGCGCAAAAUUCUCGGCCGUCAGCAGGGACGUCGGAACCUCUGCGGGAGCUCAAUCGCCCUCCACGUCUCGAGGGGCUGCACCUACCGCCUAUCCGAACAGGGCCGGCACCUCUGGGCUCACCACUACACGUCGAAACAGGUGCUGGUGCCUCGGAACGCGAACGUGUGCGACCACGCGACUCUCCUUCGAGUAGCGCCGAACAGCGGAGGCCUGAAUCGCCUGAGACGGGUAAGCGGCGGCGUCUGAAUAUACAUGAGGUGCUGGACUAA